AAAACGAAAUCGAAAGCGAUCGUUCCGCUCCUGCAGCAAUAGGUGUCUCUCGAUUGUCUCGUGUUGAUCUGUGGCACAAAAAUUUACGCACCAGCUUCUGUCCGUUUCAUGACGUAAACAACGUGCUUCUCAACACCGCACCCAGCCCCCCGUCGGCCGUGAUUGUACGUGUUGCUUGACAUUGACAUCUACUGUAAUUGCGAGAAUGGCUCUAAAGUCGCUGUUUGGAAGCAGAAUUGCACAACUAAAAUCCAUCGCUAGUGGACCAGGAUUUUUGAAUCGAUGUUCCAGAGCGGCGUCAACUAAUAAAGGGCCCACCUUCGAUUGGGAAGAUCCGCUGAAUCUGGAAUCGCAGCUCACCGAUGAUGAAAUUGCCAUACGUGACUCUUUCCGCGCCUACUGUGAGGACAAACUGUUGUCACGCGUUAUCGAAGCAAACCGGAACGAGAUUUUCCACAAGGAGAUCAUGGCUGAACUCGGUUCGUUUGGCGUGCUCGGAUGUACGAUCAAGGGCUACGGAUGUGCGGGUGUAAGCAACGUGGCCUACGGGUUGCUGACACGCGAGGUCGAGCGAAUCGAUUCCGGCUACCGGUCCGCUUUCAGCGUGCAAAGCUCGCUAGCCAUGGGAGCCAUUCACGAUUAUGGCAGCGAUGCGCAGAAGGAAAAGUACCUAUCCCGCUUGGCACGAGGUGAACUAAUCGGAUGUUUCGGUCUCACUGAACCGAACCACGGGAGUGAUCCGUCGUCGAUGGAGACAAGAGCGGUGCAUGAUUCGAAAACGAAGACCUACGUUCUCACCGGAAGCAAAACGUGGAUCACCAAUUCGCCGAUCGCGGACGUGUGCAUCGUGUGGGGCAAGACCGAGGAUGGUAAGGUGCGCGGAUUCAUCGUGGAUCGCUCAGAAAGUAGCGAAGGGUUGGCGACUCCACGGAUAGAGGGAAAAUUUUCACUGCGAGCGUCCGCAACGGGUAUGAUUCUGAUGGAUGAGGUACGCAUCCCGGAGGACAACCUGCUCCCGAACGUGGUCGGUAUGCGGGGACCUUUCGGUUGCUUGAACAAUGCACGGUAUGGCAUUGCAUGGGGGGCGCUGGGAGCUGCCGAAUCUUGCCUUAAGGUUGCCCGAAGAUACACGCUUGAUAGACAUCAGUUUAAAAAACCGCUAGCCGCGAACCAACUGAUGCAGAAAAAAAUGGCCGAUAUGUUGACUGAGAUCAGCCUAGGCUUGGCGGCGUGCUUACACGUGGGCCGGCUAAAAGAUAAAAAAUUACACACGCCAGAGAUGAUUUCCAUGCUCAAACGCAACAACGCAGGAAAGUCAUUGGAAAUUGCACGAGUCGCUCGCGACAUGCUAGGUGGAAAUGGAAUAGCUGACGAAUAUCACAUCAUAAGACAUGUGAUGAAUCUGGAAUCGGUCAAUACUUAUGAAGGAACACAUGAUAUUCACGCGCUAAUACUUGGACGCGCAAUUACCGGAUUACAAGCAUUUGCUUAGGUAAAACAAUGACUGUCUCUACAACUUAUGUUGUUUGUUAAUAAAGAAUGUCAAAC